UGUAGCAAACAGGGACCCACGAUUUCUCCCCGUUCCAGAUAACGUCGCCCGCAACAUUCAGGAGCUUAGCUCAUUCGCUCUCCUCACUAUUGAGGUGGGUCUGCCAUCUUUGGACGAGCUCAGAGAGAUGCUAGGGUAUCGCUUCGACGUCUGGGAUUGGACCUAUGAGAUCAAGCUGGUAUCUAUAAAUAGGUUCAUGGUUAAAUUCCCCUCUGAUGAGCUACUAGAUCAAGCCGUCCAGCUCAGUCCUGUAAAUCUUGGGUCCUUCGUGGGCAGAUUCAGGCUUUGGCGGGAGGACCUCAGGCUAAGAGCAUUGCCGUACCCCAUGUUUAGGUGGAUCCGCCUCUUCAAUCUCCCCUACCACCUCUGGGAGUUGGAGUUCCUCCAAUCACUGUUCGAGGGCAUCGGCCAAUGCGUGUACUGCUCCGCUGACGUCACCACGAAGACAAACUUCAGAGACUGCAGGGUGCUGCUAGAGAUUAGGGAAUAUUCGGAUAUCCCUAAGAGGAUUAGGUUUCGUUACACCUCUCCCAUGGACCGUCGUCUGAUGGAAGGUUUCGUCGUCACUCAGCUUGUGGGUGGAGACCGUGAGCAGCAGGCAAACAAUGAGCAAGGUCCCAACGACAUGUCCGUUGACCAACCUCAAAGCCAGCAACCGCAGCCUUCCCGCGCCGACCCGGAAUUGAUUGAAGUGUCUUGGGACGGCAGGCAAAUGACGGUGGAGAAAGAGCUCUGGCAACGAUUUCUCCGGGCCCAAGGUGUUGGGCCGUCUACCCUUCCUCGCGAUAGGGGUUCCUACCACGAUCGCGCUUCGAGCAAGGGGAGCGGGGGAGGAGCAGUCGGCCCCUAGGUUGUCUUUUAUUGUAAAUUACCAAAUGUU